GCUAUUAUUUCAUAAAGUUAGUUAAAAAGUUUGAAAAUUCGAUAAUUUUUUCUUUUGAUAUGUAAAUGGGGCAAAUUAUUUUGAGUACAUAGGCUAUCUAAGCAAAAUUAGUUUAAUAAGAACAUUUUUUAUUUUUUAUUUUGAGUAUUUUCCUGAGCAAAUCUAGGAGGUGGGUGGAGGGGAUCUUUUUCUUAGCUCAACCUAGCCACGGUGCCAAAGAGACUACGGGAUUGUAGCAUCGUGGUUGUGUUGAAUUUCAAGUUUCUUUUUUGUGGCAAUCGAAGCAAUAAUCCACGAUAAUGUAUAAUGACGACUAUACAGAUCAGUACGAUAAUUACGAUGAAUAUGGAUUACCAGAUGAUCAUCUUGAUUCUUAUAACCGAAACUACCGACAAAUACCGGAAGUUGUAAAAAAAUUUUUAAGUUAUUUGCGGAAAUGCAUUAAUGAAGGAAUGAUUUUUGAGAUUCAAAAUCUGUAUGAAAAUACUUUUCCAAAACUUUCAGAGCAGCUUUUUGAAAAAUCUUCUUGGCCAAAUGAUCAAGCCAUCAGUCAUCUCGUAGACGAUGAUCAUGUCUUUCUUACAUUAUAUAUGGAACUUUAUUAUCGACAUAUUUAUGCUCGUAUGCAACCUAAUUUAGAUCAACGUAUUAGUUCUUUUUGUAACUAUUGUGAACUCUUUAAUUAUAUUUUGAAUUCAUCUGAACCUGUACCCCUUGAAUUACCUGAUCAGUGGUUGUGGGAACUUAUUGAUGAAUUUGUUUAUCAAUUUCAAUCGUUCACUCAGUAUAAAGCUAGUUUAUCACAAAAGUCACCAGAUGAAAUUGAAACUCUUGCUACCAAUAGCAAAGUGUGGGAUGUUUUAUGUGUUUUGAAUGUUUUGCAUUAUUUAAUUGAUAAAUCUAAAAUUAAAAGUCAACUGGAGGUUUAUGCUAGUGGUGGAGAUCCUGAUUCUGUUGCUGGAGACUUUGGCAGACAUUCAUUGUAUAAAAUGAUGGGAUAUUUUUCUUUAGUUGGUUUACUAAGAGUACACUCGCUAUUAGGAGAUUAUUAUCAAGCUAUAAAGGUUUUAGAAAAUGUAGAGCUAUAUAAAAAAAGUGCAUAUUCUCAUGUGCCAGGAUGUCAAAUAUCAACUGCUUAUUAUGUUGGUUUUGCAUAUAUGAUGAUGAGACGUUAUGCUGAUGCAAUUAGAACAUUUUCGGGUAUUUUACUUUAUGUCCAACGAACAAAGCAACUCUUUGCUUCAAGAAGUUAUCAGAAUGAUCAAAUUAACAAACAAACUGAACAAAUGUACCAUUUACUGGCAAUUUGUCUUGUUUUACAUCCCCAAUGUAUAGAUGAGGGAUUGCAACAAGCUUUGCGAGAUAAAAAUUAUCAUGAAAAAAUGUAUAAAAUGCAGUGUGGUGGCUUGGAAGAAUUUGAAUCAUGCUUUCAAUUCGCAUGUCCUAAAUUUCUUUGUUUACAUCCUCCGAAUCCUGACAACCCUAAUGAAGAUUAUGUCAGAGAAGCAAUUAAGCAUCAAACUCAUGUUUUUAUGGAAGAAGUUAUACAACAAAAAAUGUUACCUACCAUUCGUUCUUAUUUAAAACUUUAUACAACAUUACCUUUGAGUAAACUAGCAACAUUUAUGAUUAAUAAUCAACAAAGUGAAAAUAUAAAUGUGAACGAAGAAGUUGCAAAACUUACUAUAUAUCUCCUUUGUUUUAAACACAAAAUGAAAAAUAUCGUUUGGACGAAAGGUUCUUCUGGAUUAGAUGGGAAAUUCCAAUCAGGUUCAGAGCUUGACUUUUACAUUGAUAAUUAUAUGAUUCAUAUAGCAGAUACAAAAGUUGCUCAUCGUUACGGAGAUUUUUUCAUUAGAAAAAUUCUGAAAUUUGAAGAGUUAAAUAGAAAAUUACAUCAUAUAAAAAUAUAAAAGUUUGUAAUUUCAUUUUAUGCAACUGUAUUCUAUUUUUUGUCUGAAUAAGAAUUUCUUGAAAUAAAAUCACAUGUAAAUUAAAUUGCA